AUGGAGUUCAUCUUCCUGCCUUGGGUUGAAGAUGGCCACACCAAUGACGUCGAUAGGCAGCUUCAAUCAUCGCGUCGGCACCAGCAUACCGCUCUGGCUUCCCAUCGAAAGAACCGAGAACUUCGCAGCUUACAACGAAAGAGAUUGCAUGAUGUACACCAAUCAGAGCCGAAUUCCGCCUCGUCGGGUUCCACCGAGCAGCUCCAACUCCCCAGAACCCGCAACUUAUGGGACAUGACGAGGAGCGCAACCCUCCAGACGAGCGAUGCCUCUACAACUCAGGAUAACACCCCGCCUCCGCCUUCACCGAGAACUCUGCUCGACACCGCGCGCUGGGGCUCACUCAACCUUUUUGGUCAACUGGAACUCUCCGCCGAAGCCCAGAAAAUAUUUGAUGACGCCUUGAUCCACCAAUGGCCGGCCUUCGCCUUGGCCACGCACGAUGCCGCGAUUACAGAGAUUCGAGCAGCCGCCAUUCGUUCUUCGCUACUGGCUCCACAUUGUCUCUUUGCGACAAUAUAUGCAGGCGAAUGCUACAGAUCUUAUUUCGACGGCAACAAACCCCACAAUGAGAUGCUUCAACUUCAUUCAAAACAAGAAGCUCUGAAAGAUCUUCGACGAGCCAUACAGGACAACGAAGGGGUUGCGUCGGACGAAGUGCUCUGGACCAUAACUCUUUUGGCAAUUCAUGGCUCCGUCCGUACGCGGAAGCAGCCCCGGUUCGCCGCUCCCCUCUACCGAGACAAUGAAUUCUAUUCCAGUUUGGAAUUCGAACGGGCUCAUUUGCAUGCUCUGAGGACGCUCGUCAAUCAGAAGGGAGGCUUGACGAAUUUGACACUACACGGCCUGAGCAACAUGAUAUCAAUGGUCGACACCUUACAUUCUCUAAGGACCCUGACCAAACCGGUCUUUCCCCCCUUUUAUCCAGCAUCAUACCUCGUGGCUUCACUACGAGAGACAUGGGAUGAUGUGGUGGAAUCUCGAUUCGCAACCUAUCAAGACGGCUUUGUGUUUCUGGAUGCUCUCCGCGGCGGUCCUCGGUUACAUCACGUCAUUCUUCAAGUCCGAGUCCUUCUCGAGACAUACUCCCUCUGCCUUCGCGAUCCCCGCAGAAGUCCAGACUUCAUGCUCAUGGUCCACGCUCGUCGCGCUAUACAGCACGAGGCCCUGCGACUACGAUCGGAAGGAGAUUGUUUGUUGGAAGUCGCCCGUCUGUCUUUAAUUAUUUUUCUGGCAGAGUUCGCAUGGACAUUACCGAUCAUUGGUGGUUUCCACGAAAGGGUCACGAAACUCCUCCUGCAAGCUCUGGAAGAAUGUGCUCUUUGUCAACAUUGGCAGACACACCAUGAAUUCCUCUUGUGGGCAACAGUCGUGGGCGGACUUGCUGCACGCCAGAGUCCACGCGUUUCGAGCUUUGCUCUCAAACUGCGAGACUCAUCCAUGGCCAUCGACAAGGAUUCGUGGGCAUACGUCAAAAGCGUGUCGCAGAAAUUCCUGCCUCUAGAAUAUGACCUCGGAGACUUGUGUCAUAACUUUUGGGAUGAAGCCUGUGAUCUUCUCGUGGAGAAAACCAGUUGA